AUGUACUGCCAAAAGUGCCGAACCCCUCUCAAGCUGGACAGCUCCCUAGAGGACCUAAAUCCAGCAGCAUAUGACCUACUUGUCGCAUCGUCCCAGCCCACCCCGAAACGACAUCUUCCCUCCCGGACCACAAACACGCAAGAUGAAGCUAGAAAAUCGCUAUACGACCGUGUCUCCAAAAAUGUCGGGCCGGCCACAUUCAGGAAGCCUACUGGCGCAGCACGACCAGGCGAAGGACAACAACGAGACAAUCCGGGAAUGUCCUUCAUAUACCUUACAGAAUCCCAGGUUGUGAACUCGAGCCGCUUGCCUAGCCAGCCUCUCUCUCGGCGAGCGACAGGGGAAAAGGCGGCAGACGAUGGCAGUUCGAAGUCGCACGAGAUGGAGCGCAUCACCAAGCUCCAUGAGAUCCUCUCGGCGAGGUCGGACGUGGAUCACCCAAUCUGUGUGGAGUGUACCGAAAUGCUUGUGGAAGGCCUGCAAAAGAAACUCGAAACGGCGAACCAUGAACGGGAGGCGUACGUGGCGUACUUGAAGGAAAUGCAAGCAGAAGCGCCAACGGAUGACGAGCUCAAAGCGACAGAGGAGUCCCUGGCAAAGACAAAACAGGGUGAGGCGGAGGCUCUCGCACUUUUGAAGGGACUGGAGCAUGAGAAGGCGCAACUGGAUGACCAGGUUCUCCGACUAGAAGAUGAAUCACGCCAGCUCGACGCCGACGAGGAGCAGUUCUGGCGGGAUCGCAACGCUUUUGCCAUGAAGUUGACAGACUUCCAGAACGAGCGCGACAGCAUCAAUUCAAAGUUCGACCACGACUCUCGCCUGCUCGAGAAGCUCCAGAGGUCGAACGUCUACAACGACACCUUCUGUAUCAGCUUUGACGGCUACUUCGCGACCAUCAACUCGCUCCGGCUGGGCCGUUUGUCGAAUAAGCCCGUCGACUGGCCCGAAAUUAACGCGGCUUGGGGCCAUGCUCUCCUGCUGCUAGUCACAGUCGCCGAUAAGCUCGGCUACCAGUUCGACGGGUACCAGCCUGUGCCCAUGGGCUCAACUUCCAAGAUAAUCCGUUACGACCCUAUAUCCCCUUCUUCCAGCCGGCUCGGCAGCCACAGGAACGCGCCGCCGCCAGCACCCAAGAAGCACACUCUUGAGCUGUACUCAUCUGGCGACAUGCCUCUGGGUCUCACAUUCAUGCAUCGCAAGUUCGACAACGCCAUGGUCGCAUUCCUGGAAUUGGUACGGCAGCUCGGUGCCUUUGUCGAGAGACAGAAUGCUAGUGACGGGCUUAGUGAUCAGGCCCUAAUGCUGCCCUAUAAAAUUGAGGGUGACAAGAUCGAGGACGUCAGUAUCAAGCUCGGUCUGGCUCAGGAUGACAGCUGGACCAGGGCUUGCAAACUGACAUUGACAUGCUGCAAGUUCUUGCUGGCUUGUACCAGCAACUUCAGUGCAGAGAGGAGUGCUGCCGGUCGGAAUUGA